UCCUGCUGCUGCACUGGGGGAAUGGUUACAUUAAAGCUAACUCCCGCAUCUCAGUCAUCUCCUUGGAAGUAGUUUUCACAAUUAUAGAAAAGCCCUACAGUGGCUGUUUUCGGUAAGCUACCAAGGUAGAGAGCGACUGAGGCUGAGCACAGCAGGAGAGCAGACUGCUCUGCCUUUGUGAGGGGCUGAGGCUGCAGUUCCUGGGCUCGGCUCGGCUCUGGUUCCAAGUCUCAAAGUGCUUCCAUUUACAUCACCGUGUGCAGUGCAGGGCAAGAGGGGCCUCCAGGAAAUUUGAAACUAAUUUGCUUCCAGUUGACUAGAACAGCACAUUUUGCAUUAGCUUGCUUCUCUCUCGUUAACUUUUCUCAAGCGUUAAACUGAUGAACUGGGCAUUUUCUAUGAUCAAUGGGUAACUGCUGGAGCUACAGUAAUCUCUUUUACAGAGCUUCUGCUGAGACUGACUGGCAUGGCGAUCAUGGAGGAAGCACUUUACUCCCACCGACUGUCACAAAUGAAUUUCCAGAAUAUGGGACCAUGGAAGAAGGAGGAGGAGGAGAAGGCCUGAGAGCCUCUCUAGACUUUGAUACAAAGUCUCUGCCAUGCCACCCUCCAGAGCAUCAGGAUGUCCAUCUUCUUACUGGACAAGCCUCUACGCUCAACAGUGUUACAGAAGGACCAAAUAAUGCCCCUCAGUGUCACCCUCAGGAACAAAGUUUACAACCCAUUGACUCUUUAAUCUCUGCUCUGAAAGCUACAGAAGCCAGAAUAGCUUCAGGAACAUUUCAGGCUACAAAGGUACUGGACAAAGAUGCUAAGUUGUCAGGUCAGCAGGUGGAUAAAGAACUGAGUACUGCCAGUCAUAAGCCGCAGAGAGCCCAUAGAACAUUCCCUGCUGGCCCAGGCAAAUCACCAGGCUUACCUCUUUCAGUGGAAGUACCAGCAGAGGGAGAUUUUUCUUUGAGCAUCCAGGAGGAUCUGACUGCACUCUUACCUGAAGAAGCUCAGACAGAACUGUCCCAGAUAACUAAUUACAGGAAACAAGGGCCUCUCUGUGUGCAGGAACCAGUAUGUCCCAUGCCUUCCCUGCGGAGCUCAACAGGGAGCCAGAACCCUGUAGGCAGAGUUGGUGUUUUGAAAGAUCAGAGGUCUGACCUUGGAAGAGCGCACCCUAGAGGAUGUGAUUCGGGUGGCUUCCUGGGCCGCCAAGGCCGGAUCAAACACGUAGAGUUUCAAGGAGUAGAGAUACUGUGGACAGGAGAGAAGGCGGAGACCCAGCAUCCCAUGGGCUUUGAGAAAUCACCGGAAAGGACAGCCUCUCCUGUGAGCAAGGAGUUUGCCAAAGGGCCAAGCUAUUCCAGCUCCACGGCUGGUUUGUGCAGCAAUUCUGUGAAUUUAACUGGAAGUGUUAGGGAUGAAACCUGGAAAGUUCCUUCAGCAAGGCCUGGCACGAGCUUGGGGACACUGUCCCCCGUUCCACUUGCCGAGAGUGGAGAGGAUGAAGUCUUCCUGCAGGAAAGCAAAGAGCACCUUGAGGAGAACCUUGAUGCCCAGGGAGACAAAGACAGGUUUCUCGAACAAGAGGAGCACCUUAGGGGAGGAGAUGAUGAUAUUCUUGGGCCCGGAUAUACGGAGGACUCCACUGAUGUAUACAGCAGCCAAUUUGAAACCAUUUUGGACAACACUUCCUUAUACUACAGUGCAGAGUCAUUAGAGACACUGUACUCAGAACCUGAUAGCUAUUUUAGCUUUGAAAUGCCGCUUACGCCAAUGAUACAGCAGCGCAUUAAAGAAGGUGGUCAGUUCUUGGAGAGGACCUCUGUGGGAGGACAUCAGGAUGUCCUGAGUGUGUCAGCAGAUGGUGGGAUAGUGAUGGGCUAUUCUACCGAGAUCAGCAAUGGACUACAUGAUUCUACCAACUCUGUCUACAGGAAAGGCCCUCAAGAGAUUGCCUACUGGGGAAGUGGUGGCCAUAGCCAUGCAGAGGUGAAAGCACGACCAGAUGCUCAUUCUGAAAUGGGGAGCACUGAAAUUCUGGAAAAAGAGACCACAGAAAGUCUCAGUAACGGUACUCACAGCAACGUGGAAGCAGCGAAACGAUUGGCCAAACGCUUGUAUCAUCUAGACAGGUUCAAAAGAUCAGACGUCGCAAAACAUCUAGGCAAAAACAAUGACUUUAGUAAGCUUGUUGCGGAAGAGUAUCUGAAGUUUUUUGAUUUCACAGGGAUGACGCUGGAUCAGUCUCUCAGGUAUUUCUUUAAAGCAUUUUCUCUUGUGGGAGAAACACAGGAGCGUGAGAGAGUAUUAAUACAUUUCUCCAAUAGAUAUUUUUAUUGUAAUCCAGACACUAUCACCUCACAAGAUGGAGUCCACUGCCUCACCUGUGCUAUGAUGCUCCUCAACACAGACCUGCAUGGCCAUAAUAUUGGAAAGAAGAUGACCUGCCAAGAGUUCAUUACAAAUCUCCAAGGAGUAAAUGAAGGUGUGGAUUUCUCCAAGGAUCUUCUGAAAGCCCUGUACAAUUCAAUCAAGAACGAGAAGCUUGAAUGGGCAGUAGAUGAUGAAGAGAAAAAGAAAUCUCCCUCAGAAGGUCCUGAUGAGAAGGCUAAUGGAACGCACCCAAAGACCAUCAGUCGUAUUGGGAGUACAACUAACCCAUUUUUGGACAUUCCUCAUGACCCAAAUGCUGCUGUAUACAAGAGUGGAUUUUUGGCUCGCAAAAUCCAUGCAGAUAUGGAUGGAAAGAAGACUCCAAGAGGAAAGCGAGGAUGGAAAACCUUCUAUGCUGUCCUGAAGGGAACAGUUCUUUACUUACAAAAGGAUGAAUAUAAACCCGAGAAGGCUUUGUCGGAAGAAGACUUGAAAAACGCAGUGAGUGUGCACCACGCCCUAGCAUCCAAGGCCACUGACUAUGAGAAGAAGCCAAACGUGUUUAAACUCAAGACUGCUGACUGGAGGGUCUUGCUUUUCCAAACCCAGAGUCCAGAGGAAAUGCAAGGGUGGAUAAGCAAAAUUAACUGUGUUGCAGCUGUAUUUUCUGCACCACCAUUCCCAGCAGCCAUUGGCUCUCAGAAGAAGUUUAGCCGCCCACUUCUGCCAGCCACCACCACAAAAUUAUCCCAGGAGGAACAGCUGAAAUCCCAUGAAAGCAAGCUGAAGCAGAUCACCACUGAGCUGGCUGAGCAUCGCUCAUAUCCCCCAGACAAGAAGGUCAAAGCCAAGGAUGUCGAUGAAUACAAGCUCAAAGACCACUAUCUGGAGUUUGAGAAAACCCGCUAUGAAAUUUAUGUCAACAUCCUGAAGGAAGGAGGCAAGGAGCUCCUGAGUACUGAGGGAAACGAGGCAGUGGGACUAAAGAAGUCACAUUCAAGUCCUUCCCUGAACCCAGAUGCAUCUCCAGUCACUGCCAAGGUCAAGCGUAACGUGUCAGAGAGGAAGGACCACCGACCUGAGACACCCGGCAUUAAGCAAAAAGUUACUUAGAGUCCAACCACGGCCAGGAAGUGCUGGUCAUGGAGCAAAAAAGAGUUUUUCAAGAUCUCUCUGGUAAUCCGUGAAUAUAUUUAAAACAAAUAGUCUGUGACUAAAUGGUGCAUUAGUAACCUUUUAUAUUGUAUAUUUUUGUUAGUUUCUGUACAGGUGUCUUUGCUCUUGAGUUUUUUUCUUGCUUUGAUGAUUUGGGCAACUUUAUAACUAAUGCACCUUUUGUGAGGGGCAGAGGAUUACAGAUCCUUUCUCCUUCAGCUUCCUCUUAUUUGCACUUCUGCACAGUUAUUUUAUGUCUUCCCAAUCAACCAUUGUACUUUUUUUUUAGGUUUAAAUUUUUAAUCCAUUGUGAAAUACGUAACUGGACAAGCAUUGUGCUUUAGGAAAUCCUAGACUUUACAUGUGAAAUCCUGCCCAGUCACGGAGGUGAAGUUGAAUGCUUAUAGAUGCUCACAUAAAAAAACGGCAGUGCUGGGCGUCAGGGUGUCCGAGGGUGGGGCGCUUCUGCAUUCAUCCUGGCACCUGUUGUUCAGUGCUGGACACAGGCAAAGGGGAACAUAAAGAUGACAGGACUGGAGGGAGACCUUAGGGAGGCACCCAAGUCUGCCUCAGGUGUGGAUGCCAUUCCAGCCACGCAAGGAAAAGCAGAGGUGGAGUCAUCUUGCCCGAAGGGAUGCCGAGGGCGGGGUGAUGCCAAGCUACUUCUGUUUUCUAAGGGCGGUGGCAGUGAUCAGCCUUGGGGAGCUGGGAGCUGCGGCAGCAGGGUGUGUGGUGUUCUGUCGGAAUGGGUUACCUCACUCCUAUGGGGUCUGAACUAGGAAUCAGAAUCAUCUCUGUCACUGAUACCCUUCCAUCCAGGAAUAGAUUCAUUUUUGCAUAGAUAUGCAGGCACAAAUCCUGUCCUGGUUGAAACAAAACAGUGUGGAAAAUGAGGUCCCCCCCUUUUUUUCUUUCCUACAUUAGGACAAAAAAGGAGCAAGCACAACUGCAAGGGACAGUGACCCUUCAGACUCAGUCUGAGGUCAGUCUGAUCAUGGAGACUGAAGAUGGAGGAAUCUGAUGACAUGUGUGCAGUUUCUUAGCGUAGUCAUAUCUCCAUCUCUAGAGCCAUCUUACUCUGCCACUAUUAAGAUUGCUCCUGAAAUUAUUUGUAUAUGUUUGAUUUCAUUCUUUGUAUGUAUUCAAAAUGGUUUCACCUUAGAGUCAAACAGUCCUUUUAAAAUUCAAGGAAUUAACUAGAAUAUUGCCUGUAGAGGAAGAGAAAGGCUUAUAAAAGGUGAGCUUCCUCUAUGGCUGAAGACUCAGGUUUCCAACCUUGAAACUGUAUUCUCUAAAACUACUAUCUUCCCAACACAGAUUUUCAAAACUAGCAGGAUGACAUUUGAAUAUUCUUUGUCCUUAGACAUCUUCUCUAUUUCUACUUGGUUAGUUGAAGGUACUAUGACCAGAGAAUCAGCUGCUCUUGCAUGAAUAGCAUGAUUCCAGUAAGUUAGAGAAAGCCUGUUAGAAAUCAUGGUAGUUUAUAGAGAUAUAUCAUUAGGAUAUACUAGCAUUUAGUUACAGGAUUAAGUAUUAACCUGUACUUCUUUUCACCUCUGUACAUGUCUAUCUUGCUUGUGCCCAGGAACAGUAACUCCCCUCCAAACUAGCUGCUUGUUUCAUGGUAUUUUGCUAUACUAUUGAAAAACUUCCUUUAAUUUCUAUCUUGUUUAAGUAAAGGCAAUUGACUUAAUUUAUAUUUUAGAACCAUGAAGCUAACAUGGGUAGUUACCAUUGUGGUUCAUGUACCUGAACUAUUUCAUAGCUUCCUAUUGAAUUCAAUAUUUACUGAGCAAGUUGCCUUUCUUCUGGGUGAAUUAUCACUGUCUGCUUUUUGCCUAAGUAUUUAUAGUCCCUGAAGGGAAAAAGGUACCAAGACCUUUGAGUCUUGAGCAUCACCUUUGAGCAUCAGUAGCUGAAGAACAGUUAACAUGUUUGAAUGUGUUUGUCUACAGAGCGUGUCUAUAUGUGUAUAGAAUGUUUGUGUGUAUUUGCCUAAAGUAUCUAAUUCAAUGAAUGGUACCUUGCUCUAGAGUUUCUGGCAUGGAGAAUAGUCUGAGAAUACCCCUAGCAUCAGCACUGCCACUAUUUCUAUUACAGGACUCACUAGUGUUGGCUCCAGAACUUAUGGCCAUGCUUAUAGAUAAUCAGAUGACGAAGACACUUUUGAAGCUGUGGGCUACCAUGUGGGCAUUAUUUAUCUUGAAAAAUAACUAUAACAUUCUUCUGUGAGGUGAAUCCCAGUCUGCCCUAAUGUAAUGCUGUCCAUCUUCAGGUGAUAGGCUUAAAAUGUGUCUUCCCUGAGGCUUCUGGAAGGAUGUUGCCUGCUAAGAAUGCACAGCAGGCUAUGUUUAUCCUGCGGUAGGAAACACCUCUGAUCUGAUGGAACUCUGAGAGUCUGGUCCAUAGCCAAUCCCAUUUCCCCCAAGUAUUGAGUCAUAAGAAAUGGAAGGUGGUCCUUAGUACAGCUACUCUAAGCCUGCUGGCCAGUGCACGGUACAGGGGGCUCUCCUCCCCCUCCUUUCCAUGGUACUUCAUCCUACCCCAUCUAUAUCUACUUUCAUCCCUACCUCAGUGCCCUGGAGCCUUGGAGUUCUUCUCCAUAUGAUAAAAUAGCAUCUAUUUUAAGCAUACCCUUAAUAAUGACUUUCAGUGUAGAAAAUCUCACAUCAUCAAAAGACUUUUAUGAUAGUCUUAUUGCAAACUGACCCUGCAUAAAAUCUGUGUGUAUUGUGGGGUUCACCCUACCUCACAUGCUGACUUCUAAAAAGGUUUGCUAGGAACUCGAUUUUAGAAAUUAAAAUCUAGUUAUUUCCACUCAGAGUCCUUAUUUUAUUGGUAUAUCAUUGGCAUUACUGAAAUGUACUUUUAAAAAAUACAUCAUUUACCUAACUCCUAGAAAUGUCUAAUUAAGCCAAAUUUUACUUAUAUACAUUUCAGUUAAUCACAGUGAAUCAGGCAUGUGGGGGAGUGCUCUGGUAGAAAUAGUUUAUAGAUUAUAUGUUCCUUUUUAAAAUUGCUCUUAGGUAAAUAAGAUAGAGCCAUUUUCUCAUGCCACGAUCUUGUGAGGUUUGUAGGGCACUCUCUGCCCCUCUCAUCUGUUCCCCUCACCCUGAAGAUGAAACUAUUUUCAGGAAAAUGGAAUGUGAGGGAAUUGAUUCUGGAAGAGGAAAAUCUGGCCGGAUUUUCAAGGCCCAGCUAGGUUUGUGUUAUAAUCUGCUUGGGAAGUUGAGUGCAGGAAGUUACACCUUUGCCUUCUGCCCUUUACUCUAUAAAGAGCAAGGAUGAAGGGCCAAGCUCAGAAAUAAGGAAGGACGGCCUGAGAUGCACAUCUUGUCUGCCCUGUUGAUUAGAAGUCAGUUUCUCCUUUGUUUUCCCAAAUGAGAGACCUUAGAUGAAGUCAGCUGUAUAUGGAAUUUUAAUUCUUUGCUACUUUUUCUAGUAGUUACCAGUUAAGUCUCACUUGGCAUUUAGUUUCUUAGUUUCAAACUUCCAGGGUUUGUGCUUUAGCUUUUGUGAAUGCAAGAUUUUAUCAGGUCAGUAGCCACCUUCCUGGUUUUGUCAGAGAAUACCUUCGUUAAGUUCAGGUGACAGUGUGUUCUUCUCUUAUAAAGCUCACACUAGAGCCAAAGUCGAACUGUAGUAUCAGUUAAACCUAGACUCUGGUUCAAGAUUAUGCUUUUGCUUCAGAGCAUCUGUGUCACUCAUAGAAACAGACGAGUCAGUUUUGUAGGCAGAGGAUCUCCCUUGCUCCAGGGCCUCUUACUUCAUUCCCCAAGCCAGGCUGCUGGUGAUCCUCUAGAGCAGCAGAAAUCCCCCACUCGCUUUUGACAUCUGCUGUCAUCAUGCCAUCCAGAGGACUUUAUCAGUCCACAUAAAAUAAUCCAUGAUCUGUUGUAGAGGUACUUGUCACUGCAUUGCCCUUCAGAUUCCUUUCCAUCCUUCACUCUUCACAGGCUGACAUCUGAUGUCAAUCUCAUUCUGCAUCUGUAGAAUGGGCAUCUUAGGUCAGUCAGCUCAUGCAUGUGGGAAGAAUAUCAGUAAAUACUUGAAUCUGCAUGGCAGUUUGCUGAUUGUGUGCAAGAGCAAGGGAUACAGCCAGUUACUUGUACAUACAGUAAGUUUCCUUAGGUCUUGUGGGCACUUCUUUGUAAUUUAUAUGUGUAUCUGUUGUACUAAAGUAUUUGGGGAAAUAUUUGUAUAGAUAGUAUGUCACAUGUCAAAGGAAAUGCUUUCUGUCACCCACUAAUGUUGUAUUUGUGGGUAUUUAUAUAUGUUGUAUGUAUCUAUGUGCAUCAGUGUGUAGAUUGUGUAUCAGUAUAUGGUAUAUGUAUGUUGAAAUUAUUUUUGUCUUUAACAACCAGUAUAAUAUGAAAAGAACGUUUAAAAACCUCAUAGGAAUGAUUAUAUAGUACAGUUGUUGAGAGUUCAUAUAGUGGUAUUGUUUUAUUAAUCUUAAAUUCAAAUGAUAUUUUGAUUAAAUUUUUUAAAAAGACUUUACAAUAGAAAAUUCCAUCUUUAAGCUUUGAAUUACCAGGGCACAAAUGACUUUGAACUAAACUUGUGACUCUAUUGAAGUGUACAGUGUGCAAUACAGUAAGAACUCACUAUAAUUUGGGAAAUACAGAAGAAGUGAGGGGAAAGCCAGCCUGGGAAGUCUUAGCAACUUUAGUAUUAAGAGCACUUAAAGUUGAGCUGAUAACUUUGGGCUUAUUACAAAAUGUGAUGCUUUUGAGCUCACGUUCUUUAUUGUUGUAAUUAGUCCAGAAAAACACAUAGCUUUCUGAAGAACUAAAUAAGUACCCAGUGUAUCCUUUAUGUACCAGUGUAUAUUUUAGAGUAGUUCACACACUCUCUCCUGGUGCCACAUCCUUACCCUCUUUGUUAUAAAGGAGUACCACAGACGAUCCUGAAGUCUACCAGGGCAUUCCCAAGAUCGGGUACUGUAGUCCAGGUUCGAAAUGGCACAGAUUCACAGCUAGUGUCACAGGUAAAGGACGUUAGGAACAAGUUAAAACUUUAUUUAGUAUUUUUAUACUUCAGUCUCUUUUUCCUGACUCUCCCCAAAGAAGAGCCACUGGCCUUAGUUGUUUGAUGCUAUUGCUCAUAUUAUAAAGUGUAAAUUGUCACUACAGUUUUCUGAGCAGCAUGUUUGGUAUAUUUAAAGCAGUGACUGGGUGUGUUUGAGUGAGUGGCUGGCUGCAGUGUCUUUGUUCAUGUCUGAGUUGGAGAAUUGGAACUGUAGGGUCUGAGACGAUCCUCAGCUCCAGGCUGCAGACCCAUAUUGGUAGUUACACUUGAGUUUUGUUUUUAUUAACUCUUUAGUCUCAAACUAUUUUUGCAAAUAUAUAUUUCCCAAUUUGUUCUUUAUGUGUGGUGGGCUGGCUCUGUGGCUGAUCAGCAGGGCUUCUGCAAGAAUAUUUCCUCCUAAGAAUUACUUGUGAUUUGCAGAAAACAGCCAUUUGAUUCAGAAAUCACACAGAAAAUGAGUAGUAGAAAUAAGGUAUAUUUUAGGCCAUAGUUACUUGAAAUGUUUGGAUUUUAAUAUAAAGCCAUGGAAGUUGUAAAGCCAAGUAACCAUUUGACAUGGAUAAUAAUAGUCACUCUAGAGAGUAUAUAUGCACAUUGAAUUUUUAUGUCAUUAGGAUACUUUUUUAAACUUUAGAAAUAAGAGUAAUUAGACCAAAUUGAAGUGGAGAGGUAAGCUGACUGUUUCCCACUCGGGGUAGCCAUGUAUGUGUUAAAUCCUUUCCUAAGAGAUUCACUGAUUAACUGCCCCCUUAAGUGUUUAAAGAGAAAAUUGAUAUGCCUAUGACCUCAUCUGUACACACACACACAUACAUGUACACACACACACACACAGAGAGAGAGAGAGAUUUUAAGGUAUACCUUAAGUAUGACCUUAAGAUACUGAAGGCCAGAGUAUUCUAAAGAGAUGAUAAAUGAAGACACUGUGAACUGUAUCACAGAUGUGUUCCAAGAACCAGGGAAGACUGAUGGAGCACUGGGGUUUGACUUUGAGAGGCAUUACAUUUUUAAUAGAGAAAUGGGCAUACAUGCCAUGCCCUUCCUGGUGGACCACCAACUUGAAGGCAUCCUUGUGACUCAUAGGCAGUGACUCUCCAGCAUCCCCCACCGGCACUCUGCAGAUCGUUCAUUGAAGAGGGGAGUGUAAAUGGAGAAGCCAUAUUACAUUCAGAGCCCCAAGUGUGGAUUGCCUGCCCUGGCUUCUCAGCUGUAGGUGAGAGAGCUCGUACUGGAGUGUGCUGAACAGCUGAACCCUUAUCCAUAGGCCAGGAUCUUCAGGAGAAAUAGAGGUAGGAACCCAAAUACAGUGUCCUUUUGCAGGGGAGAGUUCAGCUCUCACCAGCAGUAACAUGAAAAUGAGCACCUUGACUUUAAUUCCUGAAAGCACUGGCGACUGGAGAGAACUUUGGAGCGCCACUUAGCGUUUCCCCCAUCAGUCUGUGUAAGCGUUCAGAUCCACCCACAAGUCCCAGCCACAAGGCUCCAUGAAGGACUACACAGCAGGUCUGAGGCACUGCUCUGAGCCCUUACCCCGGGCAGUGGAGAGCAGGGUGAUUUUCCUAUGCUGGAGCUUCUCCUUGGCCUUCUACUCCACUCGGGCUUCUGCUCAGCAGCAGGUAUAUCCUGGGUUCCGGAUAUAGGAAUCCAGCCGUCCCAGUGGCUUGACCCUGCUUAGGCAAGAUAUCAGCUCUGAGAGCAACUUAGUCAUGGAGGAAGACACAUAGGGUGAAAAGAUCCUCAGCUUGACGUAAGAUUGCAUUUGGUCUUUUCUAGAAACAGAUGGGCACAUUGAGUUCUGUUCAGUGCCAGUUGAUAUCUUCCCCUUUGCUCCCCGAUGUCCAGAAAUGGAUACUAUUUCAUUUCGGUGGGAAGGGUCAAGAAACAUAAAAUUGCUCAACAGUGCUCUGUUCACGUGAAAGUUGUUGAGCAAAGGCCGACAUGCCUCCCUGCACUCUCUUCUACCUCAAGUUUUUGGAAUUCACUUCUGGAACAGAAAUUUAGACAAGGGAAGAGCCCAUGUUGUCAGCCUCGGGAACUGUGGGAUGCACAUAAGGGUGGCAGUUUGUAUCUGUUAAUAUAAAACAGGAGCUGGGCUUUUACAGCCUCCUCACUGGUUUCUGUUUCCUGUGGCUCCAACUGAUUGGCAGUGUAUAACAUUACUUUUCCUCCAAAGUUUUCUCCACCAGUCCUUUCUGUGACACCGCAGCCCUGGUGUCAUAUACCCCUGCACCUUACAAAAGUAAUUAGUGACCAAAUAGUAGCCUCCCCUUUUCAGUGGCCAAACUGUCAGCUUCAGCAGACCUGGGAAAGCUAGUGGUACCACACCAUGUACUGAAAACCUGUUCCUUAUCGCAUACCAGACUCAAGAAAUGCCACUUCCAAAUUGUGGCGUUCGUGGUGGUAGUCUUUUGAAUGGAACAGUAAUUUAUGUGCAUAUUGUUAAAGUGUUUAAAGAAUAUUUUGAAAAUUAAGUUUACAUUUUACAACUGCUUUAUUUUUAUUGAAAUAACUGUAUAUAAAUAUUACCCUAUUUCACUGUUAAGUAAACCUAGACCUUGUAGACAAGUGGGUCAACUGUAUAGAAGCUGUGGUGUCUACAGUACAUUUCUCUAUUGUGUAAAUGGCCGUGAAUAGAAAUGCCCCUGUGUUUUUAUAAGUUGAGGGUAUUUUGUUGUUUUACAACAACAAAAUUUAUUGCAUUUGAAAUGGUUUUUAUGUAAUAGAAAUCAUACAAACAGUGAAGGAUUAUAAUAUGGUAUAUGUAAAUGUACAAACUUUAGAAAGAAAUAAAUACAACAAAUUCAACCAUU